GCUCCGCCCCCCCCACCCCGCCCCCCCUCUCUACCACGCUUGCUUCGCUUUGCCCCCCAGCCUCAUGUUCUUCCUCACCUUCGUGUAGCUUCCAUCCCACUCCCACCGCCGCCCCCCGCUCCAGCCGAAUCCCCCCACUAGCGCUCACCAAUUGGGGCCCAGGCCCCCUCCCGCCGGCUUAAAAAUCCGGUUUUGGGGAGGCUUGCUGCCGCAGAUCAGGGAGACGCUCCCGGUUCAUUCGGUGGGGGCGGUGUCCGCGUCCCCCGUCGUUCCUCGGUGGUGUCUUCUUCCGGGGGUGGUGUUCGGAUGAGCUGCUUCGUGUGCUUCAGAUCGGCCCAGGAUGGGGAGGCCAAGAAGCCCGCCGCCGCCGACGCCAAGGACGCGCGCAAGGACGGGCCGCCGGAUCGCGGGAUGGCCAGGGUCGGAUCAGAUAAAUCUAGAUCACAGGGUGGAUCAGACUCUAAGAAGGACAUAAUUAUCCAUAGAGAUGGGAACAGUCAAAAUAUUGCAGCGCAGACUUUCACUUUUCGUGAACUUGCUGCUGCCACGAAGAACUUCAGGCAAGAUUGCUUAUUAGGGGAGGGAGGUUUUGGCCGUGUAUAUAAAGGACGUUUGGAGAAUGGGCAGGCUGUUGCUGUGAAGCAACUUGAUCGUAAUGGUCUCCAAGGAAAUAGGGAAUUUCUGGUUGAGGUUCUCAUGCUCAGUCUCUUACAUCACACUAACCUGGUCAAUCUAAUUGGCUACUGUGCUGACGGUGACCAACGCCUUCUUGUUUAUGAGUUUAUGCCAUUGGGGUCGCUAGAAGAUCAUCUGCAUGAUCUGCCACCAGAUAAAGAAGCUCUUGAUUGGAACACACGGAUGAAGAUAGCCGCAGGUGCUGCUAAGGGCUUAGAGUACCUUCACGACAAGGCAAGCCCUCCUGUUAUUUACAGGGAUUUCAAGUCGUCAAACAUUCUUCUUGGAGAAGGAUUUCACCCGAAGCUAUCGGACUUUGGCCUUGCAAAACUUGGUCCAGUUGGUGACAAGACACAUGUUUCAACACGUGUGAUGGGUACAUAUGGCUACUGUGCCCCAGAAUAUGCAAUGACUGGGCAGCUCACAGUCAAGUCCGAUGUUUAUAGCUUUGGUGUUGUGUUCCUUGAACUGAUCACAGGGCGCAAAGCAAUUGACAACACCAGGCCCCAGGGGGAGCAAAACCUAGUGGCAUGGGCUCGUCCACUGUUUAAGGACCGCAGGAAGUUUCCUAAAAUGGCUGAUCCGAUGCUUCAGGGCCGCUUCCCCAUGAGGGGUCUAUAUCAGGCAUUAGCUGUUGCUGCCAUGUGUUUGCAAGAGCAAGCUACCACACGCCCUCAUAUCGGGGACGUCGUCACUGCCCUCUCAUAUCUUGCUUCUCAGGCAUAUGACCCAAAUGCCCCUGUUCAACAUAGUCGGAGCAAUUCAUCUACCCCCAGGGCCAGAAAUCCUGCUGGGUGGAACGAUGACCAACGCAGCAUGCGCUCCCCAAACCGCCACUCUCCAGACCUGCGGAGGAGAGAAGCUGCCAGGGCAUCGAAGUAUGGAGCAGAGGUUAGCAGGACUAGCUCUACUGGUGAUUCCGGUCGGCGAUCAGGAUUGGAUGACAUGGACAUGACAGGGUCGCAAGUGGGUAGUCCAGCUCAAACUGGAAGGAGAAGAGAAACUCCUAGGGCCGCUGACAGGCAGCGUGCUAUCGCGGAGGCCAAAAUGUGGGGGGAAUACUCAAGAGAGCGAUCAAAUGGUCAUGGCAGCUUUGACAGCACAAACGAGUAAAGCCGGCAGGUUUUGUUUCAGACAUCAUUUCAGCAGAGGGGUGAGUUGAGUUCACUCAUCAGCACCAAAAGGGAUCUGGUGUCGGUCUCGGAUACAUUGUCAUCAGUACCAUUGUCUGUGAAUAAGGCUUUUCUUGCUCUUUCAUGCAUCCUCCUGGCGUCCAUUCCUUGCGAAUGUGAUCGUGUUAUAUGCUUCGGUGGAGCUGAGGAGCCUGUAGGAUUCAGUUGGAGAGGGUAGAUUUGAGAAGAGGGGGUGCACAGAGUCGCAUUUGACGAGUGCGUUUUUUGCGGUUAUAUCAUAUAAGUAUGCAUGCUCAAAUUCUUCUAUGUUGUGAAUGUAUGACUCGGUGUCAGGUUUCGCUGCCUGAGGCCGUGAAGCUUUGUGAAUUCCUGUUUGGAUAUGUGUAGGGUAGGCUACGGUGUUUAGUACAACUGUUUUUUUUGAGAAAUUGGUGUUAUUACCCCUA